GCCCGGGCCGGGGCUCGGCGGGCGCGGGCGGACGGCGGCGGCGCCAGGUGCGAAGCUGCGCGGGGAGCGGCUGAGCCGCCGCCGUCGCCGCCGCGGGCCGAUGCUGGCGGCGGAGCCGGCCGCCGCCGGCGGGGCCAUGUCCCAGCCCGAGGCGGAGCGGGCGGGCGGCGGCGGCGCGGCGGAGCCGGAGCCCGAGCCGGAGCCGGAGCCGGGACCCCCCGGGCGGGCGCCGCACCGCAGCCGCGGCCGGCGGCUCUCGGGGCGCGAGUCGCGGCGCCCGUCCGGCCGCUUCAGCCGCCGCAGCUCGGCCGAGCUGGAGCUGCUGGGCUACGCGGCGGCAGCGGCGGCGGCGGCGGGGCCGGGCGGCGCGGGGCGCGGGGGGCCGGGGCCGGGGUCGCCGCCGCCCGCCGCCCGCCGCCGCGAGCCCGAGGAGACGGAGAGCGAGGAGGUGGAGACGCGCGCCGUGGCCACCUCCCCCGACGGCCGCUUCCUCAAGUUCGACAUCGAGAUCGGCCGCGGCUCCUUCAAGACCGUGUACAAGGGGCUGGACACGGAGACCACCGUGGAGGUGGCCUGGUGCGAGCUGCAGACGCGGAAGCUGUCCAAGACGGAGCGGCAGCGCUUCAGCGAGGAGGUGGAGAUGCUCAAGGGGCUGCAGCACCCCAACAUCGUCCGCUUCUACGACUCCUGGAAGUCGUCCGUCAAGGGCCAGAUCUGCAUCGUGCUGGUCACCGAGCUCAUGACCUCCGGCACCCUGAAAACCUACCUGAAGCGGUUCAAGGAGAUGAAGCUGAAGGUGCUGCAGCGCUGGAGCCGGCAGAUCCUCAGGGGGCUGCACUUCCUGCACACCCGCUCGCCCCCCAUCAUCCACCGCGACCUCAAGUGCGACAACAUCUUCAUCACCGGCCCCACCGGCUCCGUCAAGAUCGGCGACCUGGGCCUGGCCACGCUCAAGCGCGCCUCCUUCGCCAAGAGCGUCAUCGGCACCCCCGAGUUCAUGGCGCCGGAGAUGUACGAGGAGAAGUACGACGAGGCGGUGGACGUCUACGCCUUCGGCAUGUGCAUGCUGGAGAUGGCCACCUCGGAGUACCCCUACUCGGAGUGCCAGAACGCCGCCCAGAUCUACCGCAAGGUCACCUCGGGGCUGAAGCCCAGCAGCUUCUACAAGGUGAAGGUGCCGGAGCUGAAGGAGAUCAUCGAGGGCUGCAUCCGCAUGGACAAGGACGAGAGGUACACCAUCCAGGACCUGCUGGAGCACUCCUUCUUCCAGGAGGACACCGGGGUGCACGUGGAGCUGGCCGAGGAGGACGACGGCGUCAAGUCGGGGCUCAAGCUCUGGCUGCGCAUGGACGACACGAAGAAGCUGCACGGCAAGUACAAGGACAACAACGCCAUCGAGUUCCUCUUCGAGCUCUACAAGGACGUGGCCGAGGAGGUGGCGCAGGAGAUGGUGAUGCUGGGCUUCGUGUGCGAGGCCGACUACAAGCUGGUGGCCAAGGCGGUGCGGGACCGCGUGGUGGCCAUCAAGCGCAAGCGGGAGAAGCUGAAGCGGGCGCAGGAGGCGGCACCGCGCGCCGAGCCGGAGCCGGAGCCAGCGCCGGGCGUGCUGCAGCUGCUGGAGGAGCUGAAGUCCCCGGGGACGCCCGGCACCCCCGCCGCCUCCCCCGCCACCCCCGGCUCCGGCGACUCCGUCUUCGGCAGCGCCUUCCCCCCGGAGCCCGAGGAGCCGGAGGCCGACCAGCACCAGCACUUCGUGUACCGGCACGCCAGCUACUCCUCGGCCACCUCCGACUGCGAGACCGACGGCUACCUGAGCUCCUCGGGCGUCCUGGACUCGCCGGAGCUGCCGCCGUGGGCCGGCUCGGCGGGGGACUUGGCCAGCCCGCCGCCCGCCCGCCCCGCCCGCCGCUUCCCCACGAGCAUCGCCGUGCGGCUGCCCGCCGAGCCCGGCCCCUCGGCCGGCGACGUCUCCUCGCCCGUGGACAGCUACGCCUCGGACGCGGCCUCCGGCCUCAGCGACGGCUGCGAGGGGCUCUCGGCCGGCGAGCGGGGCGCCGAGACGCCGGGCAGGCGGCCGGCGGGGAAGCUGCUGCGGCGACGUGCCCGGGCCAGGCUGCGCAUCACCAACAUCUCGGACCAGAGCGACCGCGUGGUGGAGUGCCAGCUGCAGACCUACAACAACAAGAUGGUGACCUUCAAGUUCGACCUGGACGGGGACAGCCCCGAGGACAUCGCGGCCGUCAUGGUCCGCAACGAGUUCAUCCUGGAGUCGGAGCAGGACGGCUUCAUCCACCGCAUGCAGGACAUCAUCCACCGCGUGGAGACCCUGCUGCGCAAGGAGGGACGCGGCACCGCCGAGCCCCCCGCCAGCCCCGCCGCCGCCGGCCCCGCGGACCUGCAGCUGCAGGAGCUCUCGCGCUCCGUCUCCUCGUCCUCGCUCAGCGACCUGGGCUGCGCCAGCCCCAGCUUCUCGCUGCCGUCGCCGGCGCUGCCCUCGCUGAGCAGCUCCCCGUCGGAGAACGACCUCGCCGGCCCCGCCGCGCCGCCGGGCUCCCCCGCAGGCCCCCCCAGCGCGGCGGCGCAGGGCUGGCCCCCGGCUCCGUGGCCCCCGGCGGCUCCGGCGUUGCUGCCCCCCGGCAGCCCGGGGGGGUCGGUGGAGCCGGCGCUGCCCCCAGCCCGCCCAUCCCCGCCGCCCGUCCCCUCCGUGCUGGGGGCGCCCGGCAGCCCCCCCGCGCCCGCCGCCGCGCCGCCCUGGGCCCCCGCCGCCCCGCUGCUGUCGCUGGCCAACGUCUUCUCGCUGGCGGUCAUGAGCGUGGCCCACACGCUGCUGCCCGCCGUCUUCUCCAUCGCCGGCUCGGGCGCCCGCCUCCACCCGCCGCUGCCGCCCCGGCCCCAGAGCCUGGUCCUGGGGCCGCCGCGCUUCGCCUACCCCGACGCCGCCGGCCUGGCCAGGGCCGCCCCCACCAGCGGCGGAGCCCCGGGGCCGGCGGGGAACGGCGGCUCUGCCGGGGGGGCCCCCGUGCCGGCACCAGCCCCCCCGGGCAGCGAGGCCCCGGCGAGUCCCCUGCCGCCGCCGCUGAGCCCCUCGGCGCCGGGCGGGCUGGAGGGCGACACGGUGCCGCUCUGCUCCUCCAAGCCCGGCCACCAGCUUGUCGUCUCGGAGUCGCCGGCCGCCGGCGCGCCCAAGGCCCGGCUCUCGCCCAUCAACGAAGAAGCCAGGCCCCAGAUCCUGGGCCGGUUCCAGGUGACGCCGUCCAGGGACCCGGCCGGGAGCUCCCCGCUGCUGGGCCGCGAGGGUGGCGAGCCGCCUGGCCGGGAGCCCCGGGAGCCGGCGGCCGGCAGCCCCCCGCCGCCCGCAGCCCCCGAUGCCGAGAGCAGCACGAGCAGCGACUCGGACUCGGUGCUGGAGCCGGCGGCGCAGGAGCCCGAGGCCGACGAGGUGCUGGCUGAGGGCAUGCCGGCGGCGCUGCCGGAGAGCGACCGUGAGGGCCCCGGGGAGGAGGGCGCAGAGACCACGCCGCAGGCGGUGCUGAGCCAGGUGUGGCUGAGCUACUCCCGCAGCAUGUCCUACCUGAGCAGCGACGACACCGAGAGCGAGGACGAGGAGAUCUGGGAGGAGCUGCAGAACCUGCGGCAGAAGCACCUCGCCGAAGUGCAGCUGCUGCAGAGCGCCCAGAAGAAGGAGAUCGAGGAGCUGUACCUGCGCAUGGGGAAGCAGCCGCCGCUGGGCAUCGUCUCCCCCGCGGCCAUGCUCUCCAGCCGCCAGCGACGCCUCUCCAAGGGCAGCUUCAACCCGUCGCGCCGCAACAGCCUGCAGCGCCUGGAGCUGGCGCAGCCCACAGGAAUCAUGCGCCGAAACUCGCUGAGCGGCAGCAGCACCGGCUCCCAGGAGCAGCGGCUCAGCAAGGGGGUGACCUUUGCUGAGGACUUCAGCCGGGCGCCAGCUGGCCAGGAGCGAUUUCGCCAACUACCUCAACCAAGUGCCUGCUGCCCCGGAGGGCCGGCGAGAGCCCUUGGCAUCUCCUGGGACGACCACGCUGGUCCUGGGGGAGCAGCCUCCUCCCUCGCGCUGAGCCCACGGGGCUGGGUGCACUCGCGCCCCGGGGAGGAGCCCGGCCGCGCUCCUGGGAAGCCGGGGCAGCGUUGCGGGCUGCCCCUUCUCCCCCGCGUGGCCGGGGUGCUGCCGUGCCCCGCGCGGGGGUGAGAGGGGCCACCCCAGCCCAGCUGCCUUCACCCUGCACGUGCCCGCAGGACCCGCUGUCGGGCGAGCCCCAGCCCUGGCCGUUUACUCAGGCCCAGCCCCGGCUGUGGGCAGGGCGCGGGCUGGCUCUGCUCCUUAUGGCCUCCCUCACUUCACGCUUUUCUCCCGGCCCCACGGUCCCCGAGCUGGGCCCGCAGUGCGCAGCACAUCCGCUCAGCCCGGCCGUCGUCGUCCCUUCGGGGCAGAACCGCGCAUCCGUCGUGCCCCGGCCGCCCGCCCCGCUCUGCCCUCAGCGCUGCUCCGGCCCCGCGCUGCCUUCGACAACAUGCGCUGGUCCCGCGCCAGGCACGGCUCGCCCUGCGGCUCGCUGCCCACUGGCCUCCGCGCUGCCACCCGCCAGGCUGCCCCCACCCUGGCUGCAGCCCCCCCUUUUCAGACGCUUUGAGUAGCUGCGAAUGAAGCUGGCUGAAGAGUGGGAAGACGAUUCCCUCAUCCACAUAACAUGAUAGAGCCCAGUGUACCACGAGCGGCAGCUGGUGCAGUUUGUUAUGAACUGAUGUCUGGAAAAUGUUUUCAUAAAGACAAAUUAAAAACA